GAUACAGUCGUUCUGAGCACGAAAAAACCGAGGGCUUCGCGUAUUUCCCUCACCUCCGCGAGACACCGCACCAGGGGUGAACGGCUCGUCAACGUCGCAUAGUUGUUUACGUCCGACAUAUUCUUGAUGUCAACGGACUGCAUGAAUGUCCUGUUCCAGUAUGUUUGAACGAAAGUGUCGCACGGCUUGGCUUACGGAAACGGGGUCCAGCAAAAGAUUCCGGUUGCACACGUUAUCUACACAAGACCUGUAGCAUACGCCACCACAGAGACUUCCCUACAACUCCCGUAAUGAGUGAUGCGGUCCACGGGAUGCGAUAAAUAGUGCUGCGUGGUCGAGGCUGUUCGCAAGGUUCAGCGAAAGGCGGGGAAGUGGGAAGAGAGUCAAUCGUCUCUGGUUCUGCACAGGCACAAUGCGAGCCGUAGUGUGGACCUGUUCUUCCGUACUUCAUCAAAGUGACAUAGCUGUCUCAAUGUGACAAAUUCUGACUACCUUGUUUAUGAGAAUUCGUGAUAUCGACAGGUUGUCUCGUGUGAGAUUCCUGUAAAUGGCUAAUAAAAGAGGGUGUGACAACAUCAGUCACAAACACGGCGACUCUACCGCGUCGCAUCCGGUGAGAUGUCGCUGUUGGCCUACUGCCUCAAAGCAAAUCACUUCUGCGAUCCGACGUACGUAAACGAAGGAAGGAGAAAUUCACAGCGUUGCGCAUGUUGGUAGCCUGAUACUUUGGGGACGCUCGACGGCGGUUUCCACCUCCAGUGAGCGUUCGACCGUUGAAGAUAACGCACUCCCGUCGAGGCAUCAACUGAAAGGAAGACGGCAACAUAUUCGCGACGAAUUCGGUGCAUGCCUUCUAACUGGUUGUGUCUCUCCUCCCGUUCGUUAAUACACUAUGCUUGCCUCGGCCGAAUGUUCUCAAUCCCCCGCGGCCGCAGAACUGUUUCAAAAUAGAGAGACGAGACUAGAGCUGCGCGUCUCUUUUUGAGGCCGACCCGGUGUCAUUUUUUUACAAGGGGAUUAUGAAGUCGUGAUUACAGCCUUUUUUUGACAAAGAGCUAAGGUCGCUGCUAUGGUAAUAAGAACGAAAACCGUGUAAAGUGACCGGCGUUUCAUCCUCCCUCUUGCGCUGACACAAAGUGACGCGGUGAUCCAGCUUGAUUGAGUGACCUCUUCUUAUUGUGCCUCUCUUUCAAUUCAUGCAAAAGCGUUCCCACGUCUGUACAGCCGUAUCUGCAUUCUGUUUUUGUGUCCCAGCCUGCUUCAAGCCAGUCAGUUGUGUAACGGUAAAUGGAGGUGGCCGUUUCUUCCUCGGGACCUUCUUCCCUCCGCCCUGUCUCGGUCUACCACGGUGGAGCAAGCGGGUCUGAGGAUAAGAAACUGUGGAUCUGGCUACCGUACAUUUCUGCAUUAUCGCGCAACGGCUUCGGCACCUCGAAUAAUUCGCAGUUGGCAUCCCGCGGCUCUCUGCGCCCCUCCGUGGCGUCAAUGCAGAGUGCUUCUUCUGCCGUUGGAGGUUCACUACCAGGAGUAUCUUCGUCGGUGAACACAUCCGCGGAUGAGACGUGGGAAACAGUACGCAAUAUGGUUGUUGGAAGGCCAGUGACUCUUCAGUCCGCGGAGCGAAUCCGAGCAGGGUCAGCACCCGCUAGCAGUCUCAUGCCGAAGUGUCCCACAGACAUCUAUCCUCCGGGUUUGGUACCCACUCUGACGAAAGGUAGCCUUUUUGUGGGGUCCCUGAAGCACGCACUCGACGAGAACCUUCUCCUAAAAUUCAACGUGAAACUCGUUGUUACAGUUGCGUGGCCAUACGGAAGUUGGCCGCUUCAACAGCGCGUGCUCUAUUCUCGUCUUGGGAUCAGCCACAUCAACCACCCUCUCUUGGAUUCUCCGUCCCAGGAGCUCGACUUUUCCCGCCUCUCAUUGGCACGUAUUCACUCAUACCUCGCCAGGGGAGUGACAGUGUUAGUUCACUGUGAAAAGGGCAUCUCUCGGUCUGUCUCCCUCUGUGCGGCAUAUCUCAUCGUUUAUCAUGGGCACACAACCAUGUCUGCGUUGGAGGCAAUUCGUAAAUAUCGCCCCAUUGCGCGGCCGAAUCCCGGGUUUUUUGUGCAACUCCAACGACUAGAAAGCAAUCAUCACACGGUGACAGCGUCUUUUCAAAACAGCUCUAACUCGCCAUCAAGGCGCUCCCCUUCGAGAGUCGACUGGCCCCACUUCCACUGCUUCCCCACCUUCUCCUUCCCCUGUCGUCCUGAAGGGUCCUGUGUUGGGUCCAAGGAGGAGCGUAUAAUGUUGAUGCGUCAGGGAACAAAAGAGAAGGUGUUGCAGAGCGGUAAACGGGCAGAGAUGGAGUUGUGAACGGUGACGUAUGAGGGUCCAGCAUCGAUACACUCAAUGAGAGACUGGCACUGAGCACGGCAUGGAACUGCCGCUUCAGACUAUGCAAUUAUUUGCUGGUCACCAGUCGAAGCACUUGCUGGCCUCUGGUGAGUCUCCGGUGGAUGCGAUCGGCAGACGAAUGCGAAGAAGACGGUGCUUCAAGCACGCGACAUCCCGCGCAAGAUGGUCCAGACACCGUGUGCUUCAGUGGCAAUUCAGGUUUAAAAAGUACCGAUCUUCAGAUGUAUAGCGCUGCACCGGAGUAAUCCAUGUAUCGACGUCGUGCGACACUGCUAGCAGGAAAGGCAGUCGUAUUCGCCAGCAAGUGCAUCUCGUAACUCGUUGUGAACAGGUGGUUAAGUGUGACGUCCAUGAGAAAUUGACACCAUUUUUGCAUUCUCGCCUUAGUUUUAGGUCGCAACUUCGAUUCUAUAUGCAAGAAUUUUCCCAUAGCAACGGUCACAGUGUGCCCGUCGAGUUCUGAGUGUCUUAACCCCGACGAGUUUAGUGUGGUACACGGGGCCGCCAUGUCGGGGUAUAGACCUACGGAUCCUUAGCUGAAAAAAUAGAAAAGACGACGGUGUGCGUGUGUGUUGGCAGUUGAGCAGGUGGUUGUCGUUGCAUAUGCGCUGACUUAUGCGCCGAAUGGUCAAUGCGAUGGGCCGGUGUCACUCGUUAAUCCGUCUUUUGUGAAGCGGUCCAGAAUUAAGCAGAACUUUGUGUAAAGGAUUUUGAUAGUCGUCACCGCCGCCUAUACACUGUAGGUAUUUUUGUCCAGGCUUGUCGGUUCCGUAGGUUUCCCAAUGAGGUGUUUCUAGCGUGAGAACUGCGUUCCAGUCGUGUUGCUUCACUUGGAUAUGCCCCCCAACCACUGCCCGAGCAAAGUGCUGCUUGUCACGUGCGGUGGAAGCGUUUUUUCUCGAAAGGUAGAUUGUCGUCGUUGUAAGGACCUGUUUUCGAGAUUUUAGUGUUACGGGUUCAAUUUUAGCGACUUUCGAAAGACAAGCUCGCACAGGCUUCGCAGUGUGCGUGCAAACCGCGUUUCACGUGAAAAACCACGGGUAACAGGAGGAACAAUGUAACGGCCCUGUGCACCAUCUCACAACACAACACAGACACUCAUUUGUUUCUCCUCAAAUGCAGGGUUUUGCUGUCCUUGAUGUCUCCCGUGUUUAGAUUACGCGGUUACAAAAGACCUAGAAUAAAGGAGUGUCUGACUAAGUCACGCGUGGAUUCACUGCAAGA